AUGCUCCAGGAUCUCUGUCAGCAAUGCAGAACGAAGCAGCUGUCAUUUGAAGUUGUGCUGGUUCACUUACCCUUUUUUGGUUGUCUUGAUCCUAAAGUUUGCAUUUGGAAUUUCGAUAAUAUGCUGAAGCAGCAUAACCUAUCUUGUUGGCGCUUGCCGUUCAGGAACUCUUUAAGCUGUAGGCUGAACCGACUUAUGGGCAUACCCUUUGGGGAUAAGCUCAUCGUCGUGGGUCCACACCAUGCAUUUGUUGAACCUUAUGGAGGGAAUAUCUUUCGCGCUUUGGGAAUUAAUGCAUAUCCGUUCUCUAGAGAGGGCCUUGUCCAACGGCAACUGGACAAGGUCAAGGAACACACCUUGGAGUCGUUGUUGGUUCAUGGGUCACGGAAUCAUGUUCUACAUGGCGACACAAAGAUUGCUGUGUCAGAACUCCUAGGCAAGAAUAUACUUGUUUACUACGAUUCUCUUGCUGGUCAUAAGCUUUUUUAUCAAGUUUUGACAUGGUAUCAUGAGAUCAAGGCAAACAAUCCUGAUUUUGAAGUGGUUUUUGUUCGCGAAAAUAGCACUGCUGUACGAGAAGUUGAAUCAGACCUACUCGCGUCAAUGCCUUGGUUGGUAUGCCCCUUUGACUUGACCCCGUUCACUCAGCUUUCCUCGAGAAGGCAUAGAGUUUCACAGACCCCUUGUCGAGUUUGGAAAGGAUGGCCGGAUCUGUUCAUUACAAGUUAG